AUGGCAGAAGCCAGAUUUUCUCAGGAUGAGUUCAUGUGUCCAGUGUGUCUGGAUCUCCUGAAGGAUCCAGUGAGCAUCCAGUGUGGACACAGUUACUGUAAGAACUGUAUUACAGGUCACUGGAAUCAGGAGGAACAGAAGAGAGUCUACAGCUGUCCUCAGUGCAGACAGACCUUCAGUCCAAGACCUGCUUUAGCUAAAAACACCAUACUGGCUGAAGUAGUGGAGAAACUGAAGAAGACUAAACUUCCUGAUGACUGUGACGCUGGAGCUGGAGAUGUGCAGUGUUACGUCUGUACUGGAAGAAAAUACAAAGCCGUCAAGUCCUGUCUGAACUGUCAGGAAUCUUACUGUCAGACUCAUUUUGAUCAUCAUGAGGAGUUUCAUUCACGUAAACCACACAAAGUGACAGAAGCCACUGGACGACUGCAAGAGAUGAUCUGCCAGAAACAUGAAAAGCUCCUUGAGGUUUUCUGUCUCACUGAUCAGAAAUGUAUUUGUGUGCUGUGUACGAUGGAUGAACAUAAAAACCACAACACUGUAUCAGCUGCAGCACAGAGGACAGAGAAACAGCACCAGCUGAAGGAGACUCAGAAGACGUUCCAGCAGAAAAUCCAGCAGAGAGAGAAAGAUCUCCAGCAGCUGAGAGAGGCUGUGAAGUCCCAUAAGCGCUCCGCACAGACAGCAGUGGAGGACAGUGAGAGGAUCUUUACUGAGCUCAUCCGCUCCAUUGAGAGAAGCCGCUCUGAGCUGAUACGACUGAUCAGAGAUCAGGAAAAGACUGCAGUGAGUCAAGCUGAAGAACAACUGGAGCGACUGGAGCAGGAGAUCAAUGAUCUGAGGAGGAGAGACGCUGAGCUGGAGCAACUUUCACACACACAGGAUCACAUUCUGUUCCUGCAGAGUUUCCAGUCUCUCUCAACACCUCCUGAAUCUACAGACAAAAAUGACAUUCCCUUCACUUCUGUCCUCUCUUUCGAUGGAGUAAUAGCAUCUGUCCAUCAGCUGAGAGACAAACUGGAAGAGUUUUGCAAAGAGGAGCUCAAAAAGAUCUCAAACAGAGUCAUAUUCGGCAAUGUUGUUUGCAGGACCAGGAAAUACUUCCUACAAUAUUCCCAUCAUCUCACUUUGGAUUCAAACACAGUAAAUAAAUAUCUCCGUCUGUCUGAGAAGAACAGAGUAAUUUCUGGUACUCUCACAGAGCAGAAGUAUCCUGAUCAUCCAGACAGAUUUGAUGGAUAUAAUCUUCAGGUGUUGUGUAGAGAGAGUGUGUGUGGACGCUGUUACUGGGAGAUUGAGUGGAGUGGGAUGUUUGGUGUGGAGAUAUCAGUAUCAUAUAAGAACAUCAGAAAGAAGGGAUGGGGUGAUGAAUGUUGGUUUGGACAUAAUGAUCAGUCUUGGAGUUUGUUCUGCUCUCCUGACAGUUACUCAUUCAGACACAAUAACAUAGAGACUGAUCUCCCAGUGAAGCCCAUCAGAAGCUCUCAUAGAACUGGAGUGUUUGUGGAUCACAGUGCAGGAACUCUGUCCUUCUACAGCGUCUCUCACACAAUGAGCCUCAUCCACACAGUCCAGACCACAUUCACUCAGCCGCUCUAUCCUGGGUUUUAUGUUUUUAUUGGAUCAUCAGUGAAAAUGUGUGAUGUAUCAGAAUAG